AUGGUGCUCCCUGCGCCGCAUCAAGCGUCGGCGAACCAACUGCUCCCUAUGCAGCCUGCGUUGCGAGUAGAGUGUACGACGUGGCACCGCGACAGCCACGACUUGUUUGAUUACGAGACUCGCCACGUGAACGUGAAGCAGUUCGUUGUCACCCGCUCGGCGCGAUUGUUUCGUUUAGACGCGGACAUCAACUGCGUGCUCGAGUCGGCGCCGAUUCCGUCGCCGCCUUCCCUCGCGCAGUCUCUCUCCUCGACAGCCACCCCGCCGCUGGCCUCUGCAGAGGGCGGCGUCGCGCCCGCGGGCGCAGCAGCGGGUUCACCUGGCCCGCAAACCCAAGCCGGGGCAACUGGCCCGGCAGCCAGCCCCAGCAACGCCCAGGCGCCCCCCGGCGGCGCCGUACCAGGUGCUGGUGGAGUGGCGAACUCGCCUUCCGCGCAGCCAAACACCGGGACAGCAGAAGAGUCUCAAGGGAACAACACAAACCCCAACGCCGCAGCAGCUGCGGGCUCUGCGGUCCCAGGCGCUGCCCAGGGCGCUGGAGCGCCAGCCACUCCGCCGCCGCCUCUCGUCAGCACCGACUUCCUGUUGUCGAUAAAAUGCGUCAAGGACGGCAAAUUCGUGGUGGUGCCCGCGGACCGAUCGCUGUGCGGCUCCUCGACGACGGCGCUGAUUCCGAAGAAGCUGUGGUCAAUCGUCAGAGAGCACAACAACAACAAGCAUAUCUUGCAGGAGGGCGACGUGAUCAAGCUGGGUCGCUUCAAGCUGCGUGUCAAGCAGCUCGUGACCAAGAAACAGUCCGACGAAAGCGUGCCCAGCGGCGCAGGAGACGCCCGCGAGGGAUCUGCGCCUGAGGAGGAAAAUGCCCCCGAACUUCGACUCGAAGACGGCGAACCGCCCGUAUCCCAUGCGGCGCCUGAAGAAAUGCAGUGCCGCAUCUGUCUGCUGGAGGGCAACCAAGAAGGCGAUCCUCUGAUUUCGCCUUGCGAGUGCAAAGGCAGCAUCAAGUUCGUCCACGUUCAGUGUCUGCGCCACUGGAUCAACGGGCGCCUCAACCUCAACGAGCAGCAACAGAGAAGCGCGUUCUUCUUCAAACAAAUUCACUGCGAGCUGUGCAAGGUGCCGUACCCUACUGCAGUGAAAUAUGAGCGAGACGACGGAGAGCCGCCGAAGCGCAUGCAAGUCGUUUCUGUGCCGCGGACGGAACCCCCGUUCAUCGUCUUGGAGAAUAUGGUCGGCGUGCAGCAGAAGGGCGUCCAUGUGAUCAGCAUGGCAUCGAAGAAAGACCUCAAGCUGGGCAGAGGCCACGAGUCGGAUGUCCGCAUUCCCGACGUGUCGAUUUCGCGAUAUCACGCGACGAUUCGGUUUGUCGACGGGCACUUCCAACUUGAAGAUCACAACUCGAAAUUCGGCACCCUCGUCUCCCUCCGCAAAGCCUUCCCUAUCGGCGACGUUGACGUCGCCCUCCAGGUGGGUCGCAGCGUCGUGAAGUUUUCGCUGGACGAGGCUCCGGUCAACGCGCCAGCGAUCGCGGACGUCUCCAACGAAAUCCAACGCCAGCAGCCCUUGCCCUCCGAGUCGUCUUUCGCUCCGGAGCAGCCCUCGUCGUCCGUGGCGUCCGGAAGUGGCUCUGCGGGCCCCGCGGCCUCUGGAGCGCACCAGGGAGCGCCGUCUCACGCGUCUCUCUCCGCACGUCUGCCGCCGCCUCACAACGUCCUGGCCUCUCUGCUCUCGGGCGACGUCCGCCAGCACCAUGGCUCCGCGCAUGCUUCUCACGGCACGUCGUCGAACUUCCCCUCUUCCUUUGGCGACUUCCAGCUGCCGCCUCAUCUGUCUUCGGCGUCGCCCGGCGUCGCCGCAGCAGCCGCAGCCUUGGCCGCCGCGAGCGCGGUCGCCAAUCGUGGGGCUCCACUGGGAAGCCGGUCCUCCGUAGGAAUGGGACCGCUGCCACCGUCGGGCGCGCUGGGCGCGAACGCAGCGCCAGUUGCCAGCUCAGCCGCCGCGGCAGACGCGGCGGUCGCCGCGGCUGCGGCAGCGGCAGCAGCGGCGCGGUUUGAAGAGGCGAUUGCAGCGGCAGCAGCCGCAGCUGCAGCGGCCAACCAGGCCUCGGGAGGCGUGGGCGGUCGCGGCGCGCACCAAGGCCCGAGCCCGCAGGGCGCGGAGGGGUCAGUGCCCGCGCCGGGAGCUGAGGCGCCGGGCGCGAACUGCCAGGCUGUGGCGGCCGCGGCGGCAGCCAUGGCGGCGGCGUUGAACGGAAGUGCAGGCAACAUGAGCCACGUCAGCUCGACGGGGGGAAUGGAGACGCUUCCGGACCUCCUCUUUUGGGGUUUCCGCACUCGCGAGGAGCUGCAGCAGCUGCAGCAACAUGCGCAGAUGUCUUCUGCGGCGAACAACGGCGGGGUAUUUUCCCGGUCGCUCUCGACAGGAGCUGUCGGCUCGUCGUCUACGCAGCAGGUGCCCCUCCACCUCGCUUUGGCGGCCGUUCUUCAGCAGCAGCAGGAAGCGGCCGCUGCGGCCGCUGCGGCGAGCCGCGCGUAUGAGAGUUUCGGGGGCGUCUCCGGGAAUGCGUACAGUGGCCUCGCGUCGCAGGGGUCGACCCCUGCGCAGGUGCAGCUGUCAGGCGUGAUGACCAGCGGCAGCAACCCGAGCACCGCGUCGGCUUUGCCAGGCAGCAGCGGAGACACAGGCGGCGCCUCCAGCGGAGUCCUGCACUCGAGCACGACGCCGCGCCUGCCGCCGUCUUCGUCGCAAGGCCCCGGCGCGUUCUUUGGAGCCGCGGCGAGCCCCUCUUGCGCUCCGACCACCGGCGUCCCCGCGGUUGCCGCGGUGCCUGCCGCCUCUGCGAGCAGCGGCGGCACGGGCCAGAAUUUCUCGCCCAUCGUCAUCACUGCGGCAGCGGCAGCCGCGCCGCUGACGCCCGGAUACCACGCGGUCUCCUCACAGGGCGUGGGCGGAGCGGCGGCGCCGCUGGGCAACGCGCCGCUGGCGGGCGCGACGUCGCUCGGCUCCUUCACUGUGGUGCAGUCCCCAAGCACCGGAACUGUCUGCUCGCUGGGCGCUGCGGCGAACGCGCAGGCGGCUGCGAGCCUCUGCAUGCAGCAGGAGGGCCUCGCCUAUCCCGGCGUGGAGGACAUUGCAAGCAGCAACGGCUCGACGACGUCAGCAGCUGCCACCGCCAACCGCGGGGCGCCUGAGUCCUCUGCGCAGACGGGAAGCGUCUGGCUUUCUGGCAGCGCAGGCGGUGCAAGCCUGUAA